AUGCCGAGGCCCCCGACUCAAACUCGUCAAGGGAGAGGAGGCAGCAGGCCUCAAGCACUGGGCAGAGUCUAUGCUAUGACUAGGACAGAAGCAACAGGCUCAUGUAAUCUUGUUGUUGGAUGUUGUGUGAUUGCCGGGAAACCCCAAUGUGUGCUAUAUGAUUCUAGAGCGACACAUUCUUUUGUGUCAGAGUCUUGUGUGCAAGAGUUGGGUCUGCUGGUUAGCGAACUACAAUUUGAUCUUGUGGUGUCUAUGCCGGCAUCUGGGUUAGUCAAGACUUCGUCAGUAUGUGUUAGGUGUCCAGUGGAGGUAGAAGGGCACAUGUUUAAAGUCAAUCUUAUAUGCCUACCUCUACAAGGCUUGGACGUGAUCUUGGGAAUGGAUUGGCUCUCAGCUAAUCGCAUUCUCAUUGACUGUCAGGAGAAAAAGUUGUUGUUCUCCAACUUAGAGGAGCUUGAGUUGUUGUCCUCUCAGGGUGUCUUGAAGGAGAUUUGGAAUGGUGCAUAA